CGGAUUAAAAUGACGAAAGUACCCUAGGGGAAUAAAGCGAAGUGAGCAGCGAUGAGGCUUCAACUCAAAUAGAGGGAUGCUACCUGUGGUGGGAGCAGAAGCAGUAGGCUUUGGCCCUUUGUACAGUAAUGACUGGCGACUUUUUAAUUUACAAAAAGGCGUGCCUCUUCCUCGAUUCGUCGUGCCUUCAAUUCUAUCCAAUCAAUCCCAAUGCCCCCCAUCUUCUCUGAGACCAAAAUACCCCUAUUCGUCUUCUCCUCUUCUCUUUUGUAAGGAACAUUAACACUCGAGCAAAGACAUAGGCGCUCGCUACUGUUAGUUAGAGCUGCCAGGGAAAGGGAGAGAUGGCGAAGACCACUACUCCUAAUGCAACGACGUCGUUUCAAGUGAUCAAACCGGAACUCUACGCACACAGUCCAGUCCACUACGCCGUCGCUUUGGGUGACCACACCACACUUUCUAGAAUCAUCUCAAACCUUCCGCGCCUCCCCGAUCCUUCCCUAAUUCACACUGAAUCUGACUCGCUUGCUCAGGAACGAGUCGCCGACCAGAUUGCCGCCGUUCUAGACCGCCGCGACGUCCCCAACCGUGAAACGCCUCUACACCUAGCGGUUCGCCUCAAUGACCUCUACGCUGCCCGCGCACUCGCCACCGCUGGCGCCGAUGUUUCGCUCCAGAAUUCAUCUGGCUGGAACGCACUCCAGGAAGCGCUCUGUCGCCGCGCCUCCGAGAUCGCGCUCGUUCUCCUCCGCCUACAUCACCGUAACGCGUGGUCCAAGUGGCGCCGCCGCCUCCCCCGUGUCAUCGCCGCUCUCCGCCGCAUGCGUGACUUCUACAUGGAGAUCUCUUUUCACUUCGAGAGUUCUGUUAUUCCCUUCGUAGGCAAGAUUGCUCCAUCCGAUACCUACAAGAUCUGGAAGCGCGACGGAAACCUCCGCGCGGAUACUUCCCUUGCUGGCUUCGACGGCCUCAAGAUCCAGCGCGCCGAUCAGAGCUUCCUCUUCCUCGGCGAUGGCGAUCACGCGCACGAAGUUCCAUGUGGAUCGCUUCUCGUUCUGAACCGCGACGAAAGCAAGAUCUUCGACGCAUUCGAGAACGCAGGAGGACCGAUGAACGAGUCCGAAGUAGCUGGAUUCUGCGCGCAGACUAGCGUUUACCGUCCCGGCAUGGACGUCACGAGGGCAGAGCUGGUAGGAAGGACGAAUUGGAGGCGACAGGAGAAGACGGAGAGCGUUGGAGAGUGGAAGGCUAAGGUGUACGAAGUGCACAACGUCAUCUUCAGUUUCCGGUCACGGAAAGUUGCCGGCGUAGACUCUGACGUUGCAGGGAGUGAACAGGUACUGCCAUUGGAGCUGGACGAAGAUGAAGACGGUUUUCUAGUUGCAGAGAAUCCAAGCUUCGGGUUCCCAAUGCCGGACAAGAGAAGGCACAGUAGCUUCGUUCGUGAAGAGAGGGAGUGGGUUCCCCUCGGGAGGAAAAGCGUGGACCUACCAUCGCUGGCGGCUCCUCCUCCAAGAAGGUCAUCGUCGAGUUUGAGCGUAGCGGCGCCGCCUCAGACUAAGGAGAAAGAGACGGUGAGGAGUCUGCGGCCUUCAUUGUGGCUGACGGAGCAGUUUCCGUUGAAGACGGAGGAGCUGCUACCGUUGCUGGACAUUCUGGCCAACAAAGUCAAAGCGGUGAGAAGGCUCAGGGAUUUACUCACAACCAAGUUUCCACCGGGAACGUUCCCCGUAAAGGUGGCUAUACCGGUUGUCCCUACGGUGAGGGUGGUGAUAACGUUCACAAAGUUCGUGGAGCUUCAACCUUUGGAGCAAUUCUACACUCCGUUCUCGAGUCCUAGGCAUUUGGUGAGUGCGGAAAAAGAUGAUCAACAACAGAAACAAGAAAGCCGCAAGUCAUUCUCCUCCUCCUCAUCGGCAGCAACCGCGUGGCUGAGACGAAAUAAUAGCCAUUCGGGUAGUAAGCAGCAGCAACGAAAUUGUUCUUCGUCGGCAUUAGAUUCGGACCCUUUUGCCAUUCCCUCAGGAUACACAUGGACCAGCGUGGAUGACAAAUCGCGGAAAAUGAACAAGUCCAAGUCUGUGAGGAAGUCCAAGUAACCCUAAGGGGAAAACGACAAAACAUACAAACACAAUACAAUUCUACUAGGCUGGAAGAUGGAUCCGAAGAGGCCGGGGACAUGAAUGAAUACGUAGGUGGUAUAUAUCCUAAUUAUUUAGUUAAUUAGGUGCUUAUAACGCCCUUGUUGCCUUCAAAUUGUAGAUAACCCGUCUAAUUCUUUUACCUUUAAUCAACUUGGGUGUGGCGGUUGGGGGAUGGUGUUUCUGUUAAUAGAUGGUGGAUUUGGCGGGCAAUUAAAAUUAAGUAGACCUACAUUUCUAGAAGUUUUGUUUUGUAUCUCUAUUGAACUGCAAUUAUAUAUAUAC